ACCUGGUGCUCAUGGGGCAGCUUUAUUGUUUCAGACGUGAAAAAUGAGGGAAGGGCCAGAACCUCAGCAUCAGGGAAAUGAUGAAAGACUGAGAAGUAUUUCCAAAGUCAGGCGAACCGAAAGGUCAGUUCGGGGGGAGAAAGCAAAGGAGCAGCUGAGAAGUAUUUGUGGCACCAGUGAGAAGAGACUGUGAUGUCCACUAAAGGAAGCCAUGACUAUGAAUUUCAGAGCAUCAAGACCCUGUCAACACAAGCUAAUCCCUACGGACGUUGGCUGAAUAAGACGAAACGAGUGCACUGUGGAGACCGUGUCAGCCUCCAGCAGGCCAAUUUGUCCUCAUAUUACACACUCUGCUGGCUCUGUUGCUAGACCCCCAGAUCGAGGAGCCACGGCGAGCGUCCCCCAACCCGACGGGGGUUGACACAGCAUGGUUAAUAAGUCAACAGAAUUCAGAAGCCACCACCGGAUUAAGAAGGCAGUUUUAUUUCGGUGCCCUGGACUUCAAGCAGAUUAAAUACUCAAAAAGGCUGAGCCAUCGAGGUCAUGUUUGAAUGCUACAGCUGUUCACUGAGGUUUGACAAACAUUCUCUCUGGGGCUCGCCAUCUGAAUGGGAAAAGCAAGGGUGAUCCUGGGGAGGCCGACACUUUAAGAAAGAAGAGGGGCCCAAUCAAAAGAUCCUCUUAUGGAAAACAAUCCCAGCCAGAUGGAGACGGUGGAAGCAUUGCUUCAAUAAGCAGUCUCCCGGAAGCCACAACCCUUUGCUGCAUUGAAGAAAAAGCACAAGUGGGAUUCAGAAAAAGUGAAUGACAAGCUGGGCUCUGGGUUUGCCAUGCCCUUGGUUUGUUGAUCUGCAGAUUAACAGAGGUGGGCCACGGGUUCAGCAAGGAAGCUUGCGGAGAUUCAGUCAUGAAAGGUGAACUGCUUCUGCUUUCCAGUGUGAUCUUCCUGCUCCGGGUGGUGUGUGGCUGCCCCACGAGGUGCCACUGUCACUCACCCUCACGGUCUGUAGACUGCAGCCGGCAGGGUCUGGCUGAAAUCCCUCCCGAUUUGCCUCCUCAGACCCUAACGCUGCACUUGCAAGAUAACCAGAUACACCAGCUCCCUGCUUUUGCAUUCAGGUCGGUGCCACACCUCAGGACCCUGAACUUGUACAACAAUUCCCUUUCAGAUCUGGCCCCUGGAGUCUUCCAUGGACUUCAGCACUUGCAGGUCUUAAACCUAACCCAGAACUCCCUGCAUUCUCUGGAAAGCAGACUUUUCCAUUCCCUCCCACAGCUGCGGGAGCUUGAUUUGUCAUCAAACAACAUAAGCCACCUUCCCAUAUCCCUGGGUAAGCCUUGGGAGAACCUGACGGUAUUUGCAAUUCAACAAAACCAGCUUCAGCAGCUUGAUCGAGAGCUCCUAGAAUCCAUGCCCAACGUGAGGCUUUUAUUUCUCAAGGACAACCUCUGGAAAUGCAAUUGCCACCUGCUCAGUCUUAAACUCUGGCUGGAGAAAUUUAUCUAUAAAGGGGGAAUAACAGACAGUGUCACCUGUGCAUCACCCGACACCUGGAAGGGGAAGGACCUCCUGAAGAUCCCUCAUGAGCUGUACCAGCCCUGCCCUUUCCCUUCUCUGGGUGUGGGGACAUGGGGGGUGCAGCAGCUGGGUUCUGCCCACCGGCCGGGCCCCGGGUCUCCUGAGAGCCCCAGCACGGGGCAGCGAGACCACUCGGAAUGUGAGCUCAAACCCAAGCCGAGGCCGGUUAACCUGCGUCACGCGGUGGCCACCGUCGUCAUCACCGGGGUUGUGUGUGGGAUCGUGUGUCUCAUGAUGCUGGUGGCCGCCAUCUACGGCUGUACCUAUGCGGCUGUCACAGCGCAGUACAAUGGGGGGCGCUUGGCUCAGACGGACGAGCCUGGGAAGAUGGAAGGGAAAGGGCCGCAUGACCUCGCACAAGCCUGAAAGCCUCCACCUCAAAGAGGAAGAAUCACGUUAGGCCAGAAGAAAGUGUGGAGUCGGGCUGAUGCGUUCACUGUGACUGUCUCAUUUUGCUUUUUUCAAAAGGAAAACAAAAAACAUCCCCAGGGAAAAAUUAUGUUGAGAUUUAAAAAAUACCAUGUUGAAACAGAGACAAUACUGGUGCUCUGCGUCUGAGAAGUUACUGCAGUUACUCUGUGUGGGGGAAGGCCAUACCCCGCGAAAGUCAGGUACUCUUCCCUGGCUUACGUGGCUUUAAAGAGCAUCAGAAAUUCAAACACACGCACUAGUCAGCAUUCCCGGGAGCUUUAUGGUCCACUGGAAAACUGCCCAAUUUUGAGUGCCUGGGAAGAAGCUGGCUAUCUUACCCGAGGGGCACUGAAUGCCUCUAUAAUUCAAAUUCAUGUGAGAUCAGUGAUACUUUUAGAUGUUCUGCAUGUUAUAUAUUUAAUGGGAGAGUCUGUUGGUUGGGAAUUGCAUAGCUUGCCACAAGAGUCAGAUUAUAUUUAAUUUUCUAAAUCAGAAAACCAUUUGGGGCUUUCGAGGCCACAGAGGAAGAGGAGGGUUCCAUGUCUGGAUAAUGGGACUCAGGCUCAGGGUCUGGGGAAGUUUUCUGAUGCAAGGGUAAAUAACAUAUAAACAAACACUAAGAGGAUGGGGAGCUGGAAUCCAGGGCACAUGUUACCAGAAGGCUGUAUCCACCAGGCGAUUGGAACCUUCCAUUUAUAACUCUUACAGCAGGAACGAAUUUAGGGUGGGCUGAGAGCAAGAUAAUGGCUUGUGUGUAUCUGUAUCUACAUACAUAGUGCACCGAGUGCACAGACUUGUACAACCACACCCACACAUAAACAUACUCGGAGCAAUCAGUUUACCCACUAAUGAAAUGCAGCCGUGGCAGGGUGGAAGCCAGCAGCUGUUGACCACCACCCAGAUUGUCUACUCAACACUCUGGGGUAGGAAGUAGGAAGGAAGUCUGGGGAGAGUGGAAAUCAUCAAGAGACUCAAGUUAGGUGGCAGCAGCCAUCCUGAAUAUUGUUUGGGCCGAGGUUUAAAAAAAUCAGGUGUGGCCUGCUUUACUCCAUGGACACAGUCCUGAAGAGUUGCAUGCAAAGUGAAUUUUUGUAAAUUAAAUCAUCAUUGUAAUGCAGUAGGGGAGCUCGCUAUUUAAAGGAACCUUUCAUGGAAUCUUUCUGUAAUGGCAAUAAUUGACUCCAGAUUUAUGUAUUUUGUAAAUUUGCAUUUUCUCAUGUUAGGUUUUCUUAAAAUGUCAUCUACCUGCUCUCUCUCAUGAAUCCGUAUCUCACACUUAGAGUCACCUGUUAGUAUUAAAAUCAUUUUACAGAGAGGAGUUAAGGACAUGUCAAAAGCAGAGACUGGCAAAUAUAGGGUCAGCUGUCCCUCCAGAGGCCUUGACAGACAUCGCUAAUCAAUCCCAGCAAUCCUCCCAGCUGAGCCUUGAUGCAACACAGAUGCCUUCUUAAGACAGCACUGUAGGCAACCAGAACUAAUCAAUUGGAAUUGGUUCAAAGGAUAAAACACAUUUGCCACUCAGGGCACUGGCUCUACAUUCACUCCUUCAGGCCAUGUAAAACUCAGUUUGGAUCCUAAAUUAGUAGUCCAUUCCCUAACCUGGAAUGUGAAUGGGAGGUCCACACAGGCAGGAGUUAUUUUCUCCCUGUCUGAUGCAGCCAGAGCCUUGGCCAAUAGUAUAAAGAGGCCAAGGGAAAUACGGAUGAACCUACCACAGCCCACCUUGCAGGACACACACCUAUGCACCCCUAAUCACCACAGAGGCCAUCUACACCUGCCCACAGAGACUCACAACUAGUGUGGGCCCCACAUACCACAAGCUAAAGAUGGACCAUCUUCUUAGAGCAGCAAUUUUGCUAAAUGAUUUUCUGGGGGCAGCGGCGGGGGGGUGGGGCACGUAUCAACUUUGAUGUUAAUUUUUUUCUGAAUGUUAAAAUAAACCUUGAUAUGUUGAAAGUAGA